AGACAUUAGGCUGAAUUAACAGAGAUUGUGAGUCUUGGUGUGGAAAUCGUGGUUGUGAUUUUAGAGAAGCUGCAGCCUCAGCAGAGACCUGACUGAUCAAGAUGCUGAAAAAACUCCUGAAAUAUCUUCGUACUGACAAAGCCGGCCCCCCCGGGGCAGUCCUCGGGAUGCUUGGCUUCGUUUAUUAUAUGAAGUUUUAUUUCUUGACUUGCAACGUCCAAACUUUUGAAUGCAAUGAAAUCAUGGCUGUGCCAUUCUUCUUAGUGUUCUUCUUAAUGCUCCUGAUAGAUCAGACAUUUCGGAGCGCAGCGAAACACGCAGACACGUUUUUGUGUCUUGUAGUGAAGCGCGUUAUCAGAGCGAUUUUAAUCGGUCUGCUGUGGGUCGUAGCUAUGUUGGUUUUUACAAACUGGUAUGGCUGCUGCAAGACUGAUGAAGAAACGAGGAUGCUGUUCAUCAAAUUUGUACUUGAGACCACAGAAGAAGAAGCUCAAAAAGCUGAAGUGAUAAUCAAGUCAAAGCUCAUCGGUUAUUCUCUGCUCCUGGGUAUGACUGUUGUAGCUUUCCUUGUGACGUGGAGUGGAUGGAGAAAAUACUUUAUAAACAAAUUCAGUUGUUGCAACAAGAAAACUUUUUAUUACAAACUGAUUCUGGAAGAGGAGAAAAAGGUUCUGGAGGAGCUUCUGAGGAAUGAAGUCAAUGAGACCUUAACUAAAGAGAUUCAGAGCAACAUAAACAGGAAAGACUGGGACGGCUGUUUUAAUGUUGCUCAGCAAAUGAUCAAUAAAGCCAAAGAACAAAAACCAACAGCAACAAACGAGGACUUCAAGUGGAUCAGCGAGGGGAGCGCCACAGGAGGGGAGCAGGAUCAUGGAGCAGCACAUCAGCAGGCAAAAAAUUAUGAGCUUCAUGCAGUGACACAAGGGUUCAAGGACACCGUGCCAUUAUUUCAUGAAAGGUACAGAAACAACGCAAGUGACCGCAAAGAGUUUAUGCUCGUCCAGCCUCCAUUUCCUGCUGCUUAUCUGGGUCCUGGUCCAGGUCCUGGUCCAGCGGUCUAAGCAGAGACAUCCUGACCUCCAUUUCCCUGCCACCUCCUCUAGGAUGGCACUGAAACAUCUGCAAGUCACCUGAGAGAUGCAGUUUCUCGUUUUUUUAGACUGUAUAAAGUGUCUGUUCUUUGCUGUCUGCAAUGAUAAAUCUAUAGAAAAGUUUCUAUCAUGCUUUUAAUUCUCUGAUAAUUCAGCUUUCUCAUUAAUAAACAUGUAAAUUGAGUGCUGUAAACAAUUAUUAU